ACAGACUUUCUCUUCAUUAUGCCAACGGAAGCAUAACAUUGUUUUGUUCACCUUGCUUGAUUGUUGUGUUUGUGCUUAUCUUAGUGUCCAGGUGUUUUCAAUUCACCGUUCAGAGCAGAACCUGAUGAGAUGGAGCUGAGGCUGAGAAAAGUGAAGCCGCUUCUAGUGCGAUCGGCUCCUAAAGAGAGGAAGACCCCUAAUAUAACCCCUGAGCUCUCUUACCUGAUGCCAAAACGGGAGCCACUACCACCCAUUCACAAAAAACCACAGGGCCCCUUUCGCCCACCUCUGGAGGUGCAGCAGCAGCGGCAUCGGCCCCUGGAGCCAAGCCUGCGCGUGGCCACAUCCAUCACUGCCCUGGAGGAGGCCAGAGAGGAGCUCAAACGGCAGGAGUGGAGGACUUGUGUCAUCGACCAGGCUUUUCUUCCAUUUUCAAACACAAGCCGAAAUAAGCAGUACGAGGGCAUGAUGCGUACCUCCACCCCCUUUGAACAGGUGGCAUAUGGGACCAAGCACUUCCGGGAGGAGCACAAAGAGUACCUCAAGGGGAAAAAGCCCUUCAAGACAGUCUUCACUACCUGCCACGUCUUUGACAAGUUUGGACGACUGUACUCCGACGCUGGUAAUAUUGUAUGAGAUAGCCGAGUGGAAAACUGACAGAAUCAAUAAAUAAAUGAAAUUAAAUAUCCAAUCAUGCAUCAUUUGUUUGUCUGGUUCAGAAAGUGCGAAGGUGAGAUGAGGUGAAGAAAACAUUCGAUGCCGCAUUCAGAGUAAAAACAUCUCGUCCUCUUAGCAUAAUUACAUGCUAUUUGUAUUACGCACAAUUGCUUUUUGC